AUGGAAGGGGCGGCCGAGAGAGGGGCGGAGUGGCUGUGCAAAGGAUUGGAGGAGAUAGACGACGAGCUCAUCUCACAAUGGGUGAAGAUCGACCGGCUAAUGGCGAACAAGGAAAUCAAGGCUUGGACGAUGCUGGGGGGAGUAGAAGAGAAGGAAGGGAACCAGUGGUGGCGGGGGAUCCUAGAAAAGCAGAGAUGCGCCAGCUGGAGGGAUGACAGGGAGGGCAUUCCAGGGAGAUAUACGGACCCGCAAGAGAGCGGGGAAGAGGAGGAGGAGGAGGAGGAGGAGGAGGAGGAGGAGGAGGAGGAGGAGAUGGAAGUGGCGGGGAGUGAAGAGGAAGGAAGAGGGGACACGCCGGAGGAGUUCCAUGAUUCGGACUUCCGAUAUGGAAGGAGACUACUUCGACCCGCUUGA